CCCUGAAAUUUCCUUGUGAUCUUACAUUUUCCCUUUCAACAUCAUACAGCAUACAAGGCUCCACACUACAAGUCUGGGCAUAAUGGUAGGCGAGGGAAUGAAGUAAGGGAGUCUCUAUUAAUAUAACGAGGAACCCAUAUAGAAGUUCAACCGAGAGAUCCGCAGAUCUUUACUCAGGGCACUUUUACAUAAUCUAUAUAUUAUUAUCGACUUCCGCAAAUACUAUAACUCUAGAACAUCGAAUAACUGGGUGAAUACUUAAGUAUCUAUAUACUAUACCCAUGGCUGCAUUUUAACUCGAGAUACACCCACAUUUUCAAGCCUCUUUGAGAUCGCUUGAGGGCACAACAUGAUGACGGCUGAUGUUGUGUUACCACUUGUGCGGGGCUUUUACGCCCUGCUCGCUGUUAUUGUGCUACGCUUCCUGUAUAGAGCAUACAUCGAACGGAGGCGAGUAAGAACUUUGAAGGCUCAAGGAAUUCCCGUAUUACCACAUUCGUUACUAUUCGGCCAUCUUCCCGUCUUCGCAGCCUUUCAAGCGUCUCAUCCUCCAGAUGUUAAUAUAUAUGAAUUCCAUCCUUGGCUCGCUGCAAAUGUCGAUAAAUACUUCCCUGGUCAUAAGAGAUUGCCGCCGGUGGUUUAUUUGGACCUUUGGCCCGUGUCAAGGUCUCUUGUACUUAUAUUUGACGCCGUGGCUGCGGCUCAGUGCACGCAGGUCAAGAGUCUCCCCAAGGACCCGGUCCUCCCCGAAUACAUGCAGCCGCUGACAGGAAAAAUGGAUAUCGUUUCGACAGAAGGAGAGCUAUGGAAGAAAUGGCGGUCGAUGUUCAAUCCCGGGUUUAGCCAACGGAAUCUUACAGCUCUGCUCCCAGAGCUCAUCGAAGAGGCCCAGAUAUUCGCAAAUGGGCUCAAGGAUCAAGCUGGUCAAGGGGGGGAGUGGGGAUCGGUAUUUCAGCUCGAGAAAAGGACGAUCAACCUGACUUUCGACAUUAUUGUGAGAGCAUCUGUAGAUCUACGGUUACACGAACAGUCAAACCCAUCAAGCAGUCCGUUCAAGACCGCCCUAGUAGACCAACUUCGGUUGAUGGGGAAGCUAUCAAAAUCCGCAAGAGCCUUCCAUUCCAGCCAGCUUCUCUGGCAUCGGAGAUCUAUUGAACGGAACAACCGCACUAUGCGCGAGUUUCUACUUCCGCAGAUAGAAAAAAGGCUACAGUCAGACGUCAACGCCAGCCAAAAGAAAACUAUCGUCGACCUCGCUAUGAAGUAUAUCGAAAAGGAAGAUGCUGGUACUUUCAGAGGAAAACCUGAUGCAGAGUUUGUCGAUAGACUCAUAGCGAAUUUGAAGGCGUUUAUGUUUGCUGGCCACGAUACGACUUCGUCGACGAUCUGUUUUAUGGUAAAGAUACUGCAGGAUAAUCCGGACUGCUUAGCGAAGCUCCGGGCCGAGCAUGAUUCUGUCCUAGGGCCUGAUCCGGAGAAGGCUAUGGAGGUUUUGAUCGCAUCGCCCCACCUCUUGUACUCGCUCCCGUACACUUUAGGCGUCAUUAAGGAGACUCUAAGGCUGCACCCGCUCGCUGCGACGGUUCGUGAUAGCGACAGUAUCCCAGGGUUCUCAGUCAGCGUUCCAGGGUCGCCUACAAGGUAUCCUAUGGAGGGGUUCGGACCUUGGGUGGCGGCACCCGGAGUACAGCGUAAUCCCGAUUAUUGGCCACGACCAGACGAGUGUCUUCCAGAGCGCUGGAUGGCUGCCGAGGGCGAUCCGCUUUAUGUUGCUACGAAAGAAGCUUGGGUGCCGUUUUCUCUAGGACCGAGGAACUGCGUUGGAAUGGAGUUGGCGAUGGUCGAGUUAAGAUUGGUCGCCGUACUGAUAGCUCGCGCAUUUGACAUUGAGGAGGCAUGGGAAGAGUGGGACAAGAAGCAAGGUCCCAAUGCUACGCCUACUCACAUCGUAAAUGGCAGACGCCUCUACGGCGUUGGGAAUGGACCAGUUCACCCGAAGGAUGGUAUGCCAGUACAUGUGAGGCUACGAAAUCAUAAGCUAUCCAUCUGAGGGUAAUAGACUAGCUUUUUCAUGAUGUAUAAAUAUUACGAUCAGUUCCUAGAUUUGAGGAUCUGAUUGUCAUUAUUAGUGUACCUAAAUUCAGUCAUACCUGUUAUAAAUUAGAAUGUUCGCUGAAAUCCGUGGUCUCUGCCGAAGCUACUUGUAGCUGAUUCCGAGUACGCACUGGAAGCCCCCUUUUUAAAUUAACACUAGAGAUUCACUAACGUCUCGACCAGCCAGCAACUGGCUAGUACUAGUGAUAUCAAUCAUACCUUAGCAGAUAGACGGCCUUAAUAGAAGAUCAUUGGCCUAGAAUUGGAUUGUACCUCUUGGUGAUCCGUCUUUUUGACCCCCACGCCGUCCUAGAUAUUGGAUGCUUAGCGGGGCUUGAAGAAUCGCUAGAUCAAUAUGUUUAUUAAUGUUGGUUCGGUUUAGC